CAUCUUACAAACCACGCAUAUGAGCGCAUACACGCGCACGUCCACGUUCCUUUGCAGCCUGCUUCCACGAGGUGCUCAAGUGCUCGCCUGAAUCCUCAGCAGUCUUAACGUCAGCAGCUGUCCAGAUUCGCCAUGCCGACCAGUUCCACGCCCUAUCCGCACCCCUAUUCGCAGGCCGCCCAGCUCGACUCGCGCAUCACGAUCCCGCGCCCCGUAAUUGAUCCCGUGCUCGCCCCCAUUGUCGACGCCUUUUUACUCCCGGAGGAGCUGGAAGUCAGCUUUCUCCGCGGCCUCGCCGGCGGCGGCGGCGACGAUGCCUUCGUCACCAAUGCUGACUCCAUUUUAAAGGCGAAACCUCAUCUGACGCAUGUGGAGCACUCGAUUUCCGGUCCCGAUGGCAACACAGUUGUGUUGUCUGUAUUUGCCCCCAAGGCACCGGCUGCGGCACUUCCCGCCCUCUAUUACAUCCACGGCGGCGGUAUGAUUUCUGGUGACCGCUUCAGUGCCAUCCCGCCGCUUAUGGACCUCCUUGAGGAUAUCGCAUGCGUCAUCGUGUCGGUCGAGUACCGCCUCGCACCCGAGACGCGUGCGCCUGGGCCAGCUGAGGACUGCUACGCCGGGUUGGUCUGGACAUCUGCGAACGCCGCGAGUCUGGGAAUCGAUCCAGCAGAGAUCGUCGUGUGUGCAGUAUCUGGCGGUGCGCCGCUGGCCGCAGCGGCUUGCCUCAUGGCCCGCGACAGGAAGCUCCCCACGGUGCCCAUCAAGGCGCAGAUGCUGCUGUCGCCCAUGCUGGACGACCGGUGCGAAAGCGUCUCAGACAAACAGUUCGAGUACGGUGCUCCAUGGAGCGGGGUCACGAACCGCAGGGCGUGGGGGCAUGUACUCGGAGAUACUCGGGGGACCGACAAGGUCACAAUGUAUCAGGCGCCCUCUCGGGCGACGGAUCUAUCCAACCUGCCACAGGCAUUCAUUGACGCGGCCGAGUGCGAGGUGUUCCGCGAUCCCGCAGUCACAUACGCCAUGAACAUGUGGCGGUGUGCAUCUACAUGCGAGUUGCAUGUCUGGCCAGGAGCCGUCCACUUGUUUGAUGCAGUCGACAAUCCGGAUGUCCCGCUCGUUGGGGCAGCCAUCUCUGCGAAGCGUGCUUGGCUCAAGAGGAUGAUGAUGCCCCAAGGGAAGCUGUCGGUAACCUCGAUGUCAUAGUCGAUGUGCUUGGCAGCCUUCUGAUGAGUAUCCAGUACUCUCACGCCUUCUCAAGAGAAGCUUGGUAUUGGGCGCAAGUUUCCUCAAUAAUCGCGUUGAGCGUCAUCAGUUAUUCACUUGGAAAAGAAGUUUCAAUAAUUCAUGCCUGGCUUUCCCAUCUGAAUCUGAGCUAGUGUCGAGAGCGUAAUCUAUGAAAUCGCCCUUGGAGUAAGUUCAAAUUGUUCCUAGGGCACAGAGACGAAUAAUCGACGGUGCAACGACCCCGCACGUGAUUCACGCAAUCCACUCGCGCCUUUUACUCAAACUCCACAAUAAACGAAUCCACGAAAAGAUGACGAAGAAGCCCCA